AUGAAGGCCACCGCGAUCCGCAACAUCAAGUCACUUGUUCCCCUCCUCGACCGUGUGCUCGUGCAGCGCAUCAAGGCCGAGGCCAAGACCGCCAGCGGCAUCUACCUGCCUGAGUCCUCGGUUAAGGAGCUCAACGAGGCUCGCGUCCUGGCCGUCGGCCCUGGAGCCCUUGAUAAGGAUGGCAAGCGCGUGCCUAUGGGCGUACAGGCUGGCGACCGUGUGCUGAUCCCUCAGUACGGUGGCACCUCGAUCAAGGUUGGCGAGGAGGAGUACCACAUCUUCCGGGAUAGCGAGAUUCUGGCCAAGAUCAACGAGUAA